AUGUAGUUAACUCCGGGUGCUAUUGAUUUUAUUAGUACAGGAUAAUCUAUACCAUUGUUUGUUUAAAUCUUAAAUGUUAUAGAAAUUCAGAGAUUUGAAUCAUUUACAUAAUAAAAAUGUGAAAUAUAUGAUGGAAUAAAAUCUAAAGAAAUUUUCUUAAUUUCAAAAAAUAGUUUAAAUUAAUAGUUUGUAAAAGAAUAAAAGCCUAUUAUUCAAAUUGAAGAUUUUAAGCUUGAAAAUAGCUUCAUUGUUGUUAGAAAAUAUAAAGAAAGUAUUAAUAAUUAUAGAAUAUUAUAGUUUCACAUAUUUCUUAUCUAGAAGUUAACAUAAAAUAUGAAGAAGAACUUCAAGAUUAAAAUGAACCAAAAUUGACCAAAUUUUCAGAUUUUGUUAAAGAUAAUUAUUAUAAUAUAAAAGCAAUUGUUCAAAAUAUAGAAGAGAAGAAAACUGUUAAAGAUAUACCUUACCUAAUCUUUACAUUAUCUGAUUCUUUUAGUUCAAUAUCAACCAAAUGUUUAAUAUUUAUUAAUGAAGCUGGAAUAGAGGCAUACUUAUAAUUCAAGAACUAAUUAGAAUAGGGAAUAGAAUAUAUUUUUCAAAAUGUGAAAAUCGAUACAUAUAAAAAUCAAAAUAGAAUUUAUUUCAAUUCUAACACCAAAAUUUAAAUUGCCCCUUUAUUAAUUUNUAAAUGUUUUAUAUUGGAUGGGAUAUGA